AAAUAAUCCCUUCAUUUUUCUGAAGGUAUAGGACAUAAUUUGUUUUUCUCCUCACCGAAACGAUUUUAAGUGUUAUUGCGACAAUAGAAGUUGCCUAUGGGAAGGUGUUUAAGACGAUAAGGUAAACGGAAAGAGAGCACAUAAUAAUAAAGUACUGCGGAGGAAUUUUUCUCAAGCUGUGAGACGCCGGGGAAGACUGAAUGCGACUGAGAGAGGCUCAGAGAAUUGUCCUCUGCUGGAGACUUUCUUUAGACCCAGGCCCCUGCCUGCCCCUAUCGUCAGCAGAGAGAUGGAAACUUUGAUGACUAGUUCCACCCUGCCUCCCCUUUAUGCAGAUGAAGAUGGCUCCAAGGAGAGUAGUGAUCUGGCUACAACUGGGCUAAGCCACCCAGAGAUUCCAUAUAGUAGUGGAGCCACAUCAUCUACCAACAACCCAGAAUUUGUGGAGGGUCUCUCCCAAGGUCAAUUGCUUCAGAAUGAGCCUUCAAACGCAGCAGAAGGCAGUGAACAGAGGCAUGAAGAUGAGCAAAGAAGUAAACGAGGAGGGUGGUCCAAAGGAAGAAAGAGGAAGAAACCUCUUCGAGACAGCAAUGCACCCAAAUCUCCCCUUACAGGAUAUGUUCGGUUCAUGAAUGAACGUAGAGAACAGCUUCGAGCAAAGAGACCAGAAGUCCCAUUUCCAGAAAUCACAAGAAUGUUAGGCAAUGAAUGGAGUAAACUGCCUCCUGAGGAAAAACAGCGCUACCUUGAUGAAGCAGACAGAGAUAAGGAGCGUUACAUGAAGGAACUGGAGCAGUAUCAGAAGACUGAGGCCUACAAGGUCUUCAAUAGGAAAACCCAGGACCGUCAGAAAGGCAAAUCUCAAAGGCAAGAUGCAGCCAGACAGGCCACUCAUGAUCAUGAGAAAGAAACAGAGGUAAAGGAACGGUCUGUUUUUGACAUCCCUAUAUUUACAGAGGAAUUCCUGAACCACAGCAAAGCUCGGGAGGCAGAGCUUCGCCAGCUUCGCAAAUCCAACAUGGAGUUUGAAGAGAGAAAUGCAGCGCUGCAGAAGCAUGUGGAGAGCAUGCGCACAGCAGUGGAGAAGCUGGAGGUGGAUGUGAUCCAGGAGCGGAGCCGCAACACUGUCUUACAACAGCACCUGGAGACCCUACGGCAGGUGUUGACCAGCAGCUUUGCCAGCAUGCCCUUACCUGGAAGUGGAGAGACCCCUACACUGGACACCAUUGACUCAUAUAUGAACAGACUGCACAGUAUUAUUUUAGCUAAUCCCCAAGACAAUGAAAACUUCAUAGCUACGGUUCGAGAAGUUGUGAAUAGACUUGAUCGUUAAGGAGUGGUCUUAGAGCUCCAAGAUGUGAGGAAUGAGAAGCCAUCUGUGGAAAUUUGAACUGAGUGGAGGCAGAGGAGUAUUAAUGACUCUGCUUGUGAAGGAACUACCAGCAAUGAGUUAAAUGCCUUCACCCAGGAAGCCAUACGAGGGAGCAGCAAAAAGAACAUGUUUAUGAACGUCCUACGGAAUCCUCUUUACAAAGCUUUGAAACUGUGCAGCCAUUCUCCCAAGUCUUCAGUUUUCUCUCCUCUGCUUUUCCAUUAAAGUGGGUCUGCAUAUAUUCUCCUGUCAUCUUCUGCAGCAUAAAGGAAGCCUUCUCAUUGUUCUACUUCAAAUUGAACCCUUUUAUCAGUGGAGCUCUGGUUUUCUUAUCUAUCUGUCACUUUUUUAAUUCCUUUGGUGGUUAUCUUUUUAUUCCCUUCACCCCCACCAAGUUACACGUCUCCACUUUCUGACCUCUGGGUUUUGUUGCUCAGCAGGGUUCUGAAGGAGAGUUUCUCUUAUUGGACAGGCCCAGUCUUCUGCCAUCUUUGUCCUGCUGUGUCUCCAAAGAAAGGAGCUACUUGUUGACUGUGUUCUAUGGAGAAGGCUGUUUCCUAUUCCACACAGUGCGCACUAGGUGCCAGCCUUCACUGCCAGCCCUUGCGGAGGCUUCGUGAUUGCUAUCGUGAGAAUAUGCUUUCCUUCCUCCUCAGUACUGCCUGCCAUUUUCUGAGUUUUGCUCCUGCACGUACCCUGCAUUCCAGCCCCAGCAAGUUUUUCUCUUUCCAUCUGUUGGCAAUGUCUUGUGGAGCAUUUUUUGCUGAGGAAAAGGUCAUUGGUAAAUAGAUGAGAACAGGAAAAGUAGUUUCUCAUUUGGCAUUGAAAAAACACAGAAUUUAUCAUACAUAAAAUCUGACCAUGUCUGUUUUAGGUACACUGAUUCAUGGAUGUGGAUAGGUAGAGAUGUCAUCACAGUAGUCACUUGAGCUGACAAGAAAGGACACAGAGGAAUUCUCAUGUCCUUUGUCUUCUAUAGCCAUACUGUAAAAUCUAUUUCAAAAGGACAGACUUUUCUUCCUUCUCCCUACUUUAGUAAGUGAUUUUUUUUUUAAACACCAAAAGGGAAGAGGGAUUUCUGAUUCUCUCCUAAGGGUUUGGUUUUGUCUUGAUGCUCUACAGCACAAGACUGACAGUUGCAGCUCUUAUCUUUGGAACCAAGGCCAAGCAUGCUGAACCCAUUGUCCAGGCACCACGCCACUAAAGCAGGUGUGGAAGUGUGGCUUCCUCACAACAUGCUCACAAGUCAGGGUGCAAGCCAGAAACCCCCUUGUCACAAUGCUGCACCAUCCUGUCUUCCCAGCAUCUCCUUACCUGAUUUCUUCAAGAGCCCAAAGUGGGUGGAGGGAUAGCCUUUUUUAAUGUCUCAUAGGAGCACACCUCAAAUUUCCAUGCACUGAAGCCCACCUAUCACUACUUGGCAAUAUUUUAGAAUAAGAGCUCAUCAUUAUCUAUUGCUUAUUGCUAUAAACCUAGCCAACUCACCUGUUUUUUCUGUAUUUUCCUGUUUGGCUCUCACCUGUCACUGCUGGUUCUGUCAUUUCUCUAAGACUCCUUGCCUGCUAAAUCCAUCCUAGAACACACUGUCUAUAGCAGAAGGACAUCCAAGCCAGUUCUGGACAUUUGUGUCUGCCUUCUGCCAGAAACUUUCUGCUUUUUCUUCCUUCCUCCUGAUAUUUCUCUUGUUUCUCCCUUGUGCUAGUUUUAUGCAGUUAUGUUAGAUUUCUGUUGACCAGGAAAGGCUAUAACUUAGUCCAGAGAUCAUCAUUCUCCUAACUCUAGCUAGAUAGGACACCUGACAUUGACUUGAAACACCUGCAUAUUUAGGAAUGCACAAGAUCUUGAAAGACCCUUCAGUUUGAAAUCAUUUUCACAAAGUAAGCAGUCUGCUUUUGAAAUGCUGGCCCUCCCAGCAGCUACACACCUGAUUCACUGGUGGCUGGGAUUCAACUGCCCUAAUACCAUCAGGUCCUGUAAAGCAAGUCUUUGUUGCUUCCUCUCACCUCUGUGCCCAACCAGGAGGUAGCAAAUGAGGUUACAGGCUAACACGAUACCUAAUUCAUCUUUUCCAAUAACUACAGAUAUUUCUGCAUUUAUGUUCUUCUCAAGAAAUAAGUUGUUGCCUAUUCAGUGUUACAGAUUUCUCUUUAUUAAAACACAGGGGGCAGCUGAGGAAAGUGAGCAAAGUGUUUUAUUUCUAAUAUUAAAUUUUAGAAAAAAUAUGUAUACAUAUGUUUUGAACUGUUGAAAUGCCAAGUUUUCUGUACAAAUGUCUUUGUAAUUAAACUUUUAUUUUUUGUUUUGUUUUGUUUUUUAAGAAGUCAAUAUGCUUGCUUGACAUCUGCCUUAUUAAAACUUUUAUGUUGAAUCCACCGUA